AUGUUCGAGUUAGCAUUCAUCGCCGUUUGUGUACUGAUCUUAGCGUAUAUCGCUUUAAAAGUUGCUAAGAGUGGAUUCUUUAGCAAUUUACAGCCUGUUGUAACGGAAUCCCCUAGGUAUCUAGGGAAGUCGCUUACUAUUUAUUACAAACACCAUAUUGGAGCAUAUUCUGGCGUUUGGACGUUGUUUAAGGAGGUUCGUGAACUUUUACCAAGUGGUGCAACAACGUUUGGCAUUUAUUACGAUAAUCCGAAGGAACGCGACGAACACUUGUUGCAGUCGGCUGUAGGUGUUAUCUUUGGAGAAGACGACAAAUUGCUUUACACGGAUAACUAUGCCCAACAAUUAACACGAUGGGGCUACGAGAAGAUGGUUUUGCCCAAAAUUGAACGUGCCGUAGAAGUCGCUCAGCCAUAUACAGGAUCUCUAUCCAUUUUCGCUCUUAUCUACCGAACGUACGGGAUAAUUAAACAGUUUAUUGAGGACAAUCGCUUGGAAACGUCUAUAGCUCUUGAAUUCUACAGCAACGACGAAAUAUACGUAUCAUUUCCUCUUGAUCACGUGAAGGAAUUCGUUGUUCCAGAACACUUAUCACUGGAAGCUCUUGAAUCGAAACUCGCCAGGAAAAAAUUCGAUUCUGAUGAAGAGUCAAGCGAAAGCGAAACGGAGCAGGCGUCAGAACUUGAAAUUCCGGAAGAAGGCGAGAUCGAGGAUGUUGAUGAUGAAUUCUUCUUACCACUGGCUGAAUCAAAACAAUCUGAAAGAGAAAAGAAAAUGGAACAAAAAAUUCUAAUGUUUUUCGAGUAUGUGCGGGUAAAUGCGUCUGUUAUUGACGGGUUCGAUGAUCGUAUAAACUAUCAUAUCGUGAAUACUGUACUCGGUGUAGCUUGUACGGUAAUUAAUUUCGUACUACUAGCGAUAUUUGUCGGAUAUCGACCAUUUCGGACUCGUUAUGUGCUGUUGAUUCAACUAUGCGUCGGCGAUUUGAUCUACUCCGCAGCCGUUGUCCUCACCGGAUUCCAACGUAUUCGUCUCUAUUCGGCAGCAACGCAUACCUUAACACUUCCAGUUAGGACCACAGCUGAUUGUGCUUCGGAAAUGUGGUUGCAACUGAAAUUAAUAGGUGACUUACUGAUUCCUGUCACGAUAUUCUGGAUGGGCGUCGAAAGAUUCACAGCCAUUUCAUUCCCACUCUUCUAUAGAAUGAAUGUGGAUGGAAAACCAUUGAAAUGUUUUGUGGUCCCGUUGCUUAGUGGGAUUUUUGUCCUCGCAUCGGUUGUAUUCGCUUUAUUUACUGCUAAAUACUAUAGUCAUCGAACUUAUUAUCAUUGCGGCAGAAAAGCAACAUUUGGUGAAGGAUUCUCCACGUUUCUCUAUAUUUCUAAUAUAUUCUGCAAUGUUUUCUCAACAACUCUUAAUGCUGCCGCAUACAUCAAAGCAAGAACUAUGACAAAAAAUGUACAUCGAGCACAACGACAUGUGGAUAUUAUACGGUAUUAUCUGCUUAUAUCAGUCUUGUCUACUGUACUAGUAUCUUUGCCGAAUACGAUCGCGUUGUUCCAGGUUUACGUGAAAUCGGUUAGCGAUGCUAUAUCCAAGCCAUCUGUAUGGAUGCAAACUAUCAAUUCUGGGAUUCACUUUUUUGUCUACUUGGCCUUGAACAGAGAGUUUCGUAGACGUGCAUUUCAUCUUCUUCGACCAAACAGUGGGAAAAUGGAGAACUCAAUCAAAUACCCUGAAUCACAUCUGGAUGGAGCUGACUCAACACUCAUCCAUAACGGAAAAGCUGUAGCUAUGGACGUAAUUAGUUAUCCAAAAAGUUGA